AUGGAGGGCAUGCACAUUAUAAUAAACAACCUGACAUAUACUUGCAUCAAAGAUGAGGAGAACAUCCACGCGGAAGGGAUCCUGUAUGGAGAUAACCCUCUGAAGCACAGUUUUCCUCUCUUCAUUGCCCAGAUAGCUUUAGCUCAGCUUGCUUCUCAUGCCAUCUAUUUCCUUCUCAAGCCCCUGAGGCAGCCGAGAUUCGUCUGCAGUCUCCUAGGAGGCAUUUUCUUGGGGCCUAGCGUAUUGGGACACGGCAAGCGGUAUUUGAGCUUAAUGUUCUCGGUGAGAGAGCGCAUAUUGCUGGACGUGACGAGCAAUCUCGGCCUCAUAUACUUCUUAUUCUUGACCAUGGUGAAAAUGGACACGCCCGUGACCCUGAGGACCUCGAAGAGUGCCUGGUGCGUCGGGAUCAUGAGCAUAAUAUUUCCCACCUUGGGCAGCUUCUUUCUGUACGGCCUAGUGCCGCAGGCACUGAAUGCAAUGAAUGGAGAGGUCCCGGUCAUGGCCUCAUCCUUCAUCCUGACACAUUUUCCGAACGUGGUUCACGUCCUGGAAGAGCUUGACCUCCUGAGCUCCGAGGUGGGGCAGCUCGCAGUCACUGCCUCGGUUGUGAACGAGAUCCUUGUGUGGUCAUCCUUGCCGGUCGCGAUGGUAUUCCAAACUGGAAAUUUACUCGAAGGCUUUUGUAUUUUAUUAUCCUCAGUUGUUCUCAUAAUAUUGUUCUUCAUGCUGCGGCUGGCUCUGCUCCGUGUUGUCUCGAGGACCCCAGAGGGGAGACCAGUGAGUGAAGUCUACGUCUCAAUGAUACUUCUUGGAGCCCUCAUUGCGGCAUUCAUAACCAACUCAGUUGGGUUAAUUCUCGUUGGAGGCAUAAUGUUCGGACUAGCGAUACCAAAAGGACCGCCUUUGGCUACGACAUUAGUCGAUAAGUCCGAGGUCUUUAUCAUGGAGUUUCUCAUGCCCCUUUUUUAUCUCUAUGUCGGCCUACACACGAACAUCUAUUCGAUACAAGACUGGAAAGGUGCCUUCAUAGCCUUGGUCCUCUCCGCUUUUGUCACCUUGUUCAAGUUCAUGGGUGCUUUCCUGCCAGCAGUCAUAUACUACAAGGUUCGGAUUCGACAGGCUUUCAUGCUCGGUCUUCUUCUUAACGUCCGGGGGGUAAUCGAACUCAUCUUUCUUCGUCGCUCGAAAGAACGGGAGGUUGUAGAUGACCAGUCAUACACAAUAAUGGUGUUAAUAAACUUGGUGAUUACAGCAGUCUCAGUGCCUCUGCUCGACAUCUUGAAGCAUCAGGACCGUAUGAGUACACUUCCAAUGAGAAACUCCAAAGCGAUCCAGAAAAGUUUGCACAGUUCAGAGUUCCGGGUGGUUUCUUGUGUGCAUGGUGAAGAAAAUGUGCAUAGCAUCAUCACUCUCCUAGAAGCUUCUAACCCCACGCCGUUUAACCCAAUAUGUGCAUAUGUGGUGCACCUGGUCGAGCUUGUUGGCCGUGCAGUCCCCCUUGUUGUCCCUUACAGCAAGCAUAAGACGAUGCUUAGGUCACUGAGCUCAGACCACAUAAUGCGCGCUUUUGAUAAUUACUCUAGGAGUUCAGAUGGUAUGGUGAUCGUAAAGCCUUUUACCAUCAUUGCGCCAUACAAAAGCAUGCAUGAGAACAUUGGUAACCUGGCUCGGGAUCAGGCUGCACAUCUUAUAGUUGUCCCGUUCUGGAAAAGACGCGAUGAUGUUAGAGAGGUCACGUACCUACGUAGUUUAAAUUCGAACAUGCAAGCAUCUGCUCCUUGCACAGUCGGGAUACUUGUAGACAAGGGCUUUCAUCACCGUGCUAGAUAUAGCAACUCUCUCUUUAAUGUAGCCGUGAUAUUCCUCGGAGGACCAGAUGAUCGAGAGGCACUGGCAUAUGGCACCAGAAUUUCGGGUCGUAAGGGGAUCCAAAUAACAGUAAUCCAGAUCCUCCUAAAUUCUUUGAGUACCAAUAAUGACGCUGAAUGCCAAAAAAAGCUUGAUGAUGCAGUUCUCGAAGAAUUCAAGAUCAAGAAUGUCAACAAUGUGCGAGCAGUCUACCAGGAACUGGAGGGGGAGGACAGCGUACAUGUAGUGAACAUAGUCAAGUCUCUGGAACUAAAUUAUGACCUCGUGAUUUUGGGUCGUCGACCAGGGAGUAGACCGAUAUUCAGUGAAGAGAUGCUCAGUUUCACCGAGCAUCCGGAGCUUGGAGUUAUUGGUGAUAUGCUCGCAUCAGAAGACUUAUGCGGAGAGGAGACUUCCAUAUUGGUGAUGCGACAUCAUUCGUAUAGCUAG